GACGUGAUAGUGAGCUGCUGUGACAAAAGAGUUUCCCCUCGGGGAUCAAUAAAGUUCUUCUGAUUCUGAUAUUUCUGCUUCUGAAGUAACCCAAAGCUAACGCUAGAGGUCGCACAACAUCCACAGGAGGGAGCUGCAGUGUCUUUAAGUGGGUCAAUACAACCGAGCAUUCAUCAAGGCCAUCUGCAUACAACACACUGCAUCCACAGUUGGUUGCUUAACGAAAAUGUCAUCGUAUUUUUGGAAAUAAAAUGAAUCAGCUGGGUGAUUUCUUUUAUAUAUCACCUUCAGACCGUAAGAUCAUCACUGAUGCGUUUGUUUGUUUUAAAAUUGGAAUAAAAUGAUUUAAUCUAACAGUGUUUGCUUGAGUUGUUGUAAAAACCCAAACUAUUAUAGCUUCUUUUGAGGUUUCCUCCAUCCAAAGUAUGACUUAAUCAUUCUUUGUGGCAUUUUAAGCGCGUUGCAUGGUUUCCCAAUCAUUAUGAACUUUAAGCUCUUUCCUGGUGAUAUUUUGUAGCCUAUAUCUUCAGCUGAAAGACACGGACCACAUGUUUCCUUUUAUGCUUUACGUAGAUAAAAUUCUGUCAUCAUACAGUAUCAUGAAUGUGUUGUCUCUCUCCAUCAGUCUGUGCGCACUCGGUGCGCUUUGCGUCGUCAGUGAAGUUGCCUGAUCCGCUGCAGACGAGCGGUGCGCCACACACAUCCACCCGGUCCAAAGGAAAAAAAAGAGAAGAAGAAAAUGCUCAAUGAACGGAUUUCACAGCUGAAAUGUCUUCAGGGUGGAUAGAUACAGAGAUAAAUGCAUGACAGACGCGGGUAAAAACACCGAAAUGUUACCUGAACAGCUAAACCGGGAAGUGAAGGAGGACGACGCUGUGAGGACGGAUCUCCUGUGAGGCUUCAAACCGUCUCGGCGCUCCACGGGGGAGAGACGGGGAUAAGAAGAACCAAAGAGAGAGAGAAAAAAUGUUCCAAGUUAGGCCGUGUCGUCUACAAGUGCGACCCCGCAAAGCGCCGUCCCGCAACAGCUGCAGAAAAAUGAGCAUGUAUUGAACGAAGAAUGCAUGUCGUUUGGGAUAUAUCUGUGAUUUUGCAAACAUAUAUCAUCUGCACGUCAUCAGCUCAGCCUAUUACAUCCAAGCUUGAUGAGAGUUGGUGGGCGUAUAAGGACGUUGUCCAGGGAAGCUUUGUUCCAGUCCCAUCCUUCUGGGGUCUGGUACACUCAGCCUGGAACCUGUGCGCCAUAGGGAAGAGGCAGUCGCCCAUCGACAUCGAGACCAGUCACAUGAUCUUUGACCCCUACCUGACCCCUCUGAGGCUCAACACAGGAGGACGCAAGAUGGGCGGCACCAUGUACAACACAGGGAAGCACGUGUCCCUGCGGCCAGACAAAGCCCACCUGGUGAACAUCUCGGGGGGCCCACUGGGUUACAGCUACAGGCUGGAGGAGGUCCGCCUCCAUUUUGGGAGCGAAGACUCCCAGGGUUCAGAGCACCUCCUCAAUGGACAGGGCUUUCCUGGAGAGGUCCAGCUGAUCCAUUAUAACCAGGAUCUGUAUGCCAACUACACUGAGGCAGCUAAGAGCCCUCAUGGCAUUGCUGUGGUCUCCAUCUUCAUUAAGCUCUCUGAAAACUCCAACUCCUUCCUCAACCGCAUGCUCAAUAGAGACACCAUCACCAGAAUCAACUACAGACAUGAUGCAUUCUUAUUGAUGGGCCUGAACAUAGCUGACCUUUACCCUGACACCACGCGUUACAUCACCUACGAGGGCUCCAUCACCAUCCCUCCCUGCUAUGAGACGUCCACGUGGAUACUCAUUAACAAGCCUGUCUACGUGACACAGAUGCAGAUGCACUCCCUGCGCCUCCUCAGCCAGAACGAGCCCUACAAGAUCUUCCUAAGUAUGAGUGACAACACCCGGCCCACCCAGCCUCUGCUGCAGCGCUGCAUCCGAACCAAUAUCAACUUCAGCAAGCAGGGCCGCGACUGCCCCAACAACCGCGCCCUUCGCCCACAGUACAGAGUGAAUCAGUGGCUCCUGAAGUAGAAGAUAAAAAGAUGUCAAGCUGCAGCACCACGAGAGCAGAGGCAGGAUUCAUUCAAGUCUAUUUCACACUGCCAAAACGAACUGAACCAACCCGAGAACAACCGAGCCUGCUGAUUGACCUGAAAUGAACGGACAGCUUAACUAAACUGAUCUCAGCUAAGCUCAACUGACCGAACUCCAAACAAUCUUCUGUGCUAGUCUCCUUCAAAUCUACAAUCUCAUCACAACUUGUGUGGGCCAGCACAGCGAGGGCACAGACCAGACUUUGAGUCCACAAUGUGAAAUCGAGCAUAAGGACUCUGAUGUCUACACUGUACCGUGUUUUUAUUUGUUGUAUUAACUCACAAGGACUGGAGAUGUAAAGACUCUCAAUCAUUUUCUUUGGCUGGUUUUCAGAGGGAUGGAUGUUAUCUAAAGUCUACAGUACGCUGUUUGCCUGUGAUCGUCGCUUGUCCACAUUCAAAUCGUGGCUCCAGAAGGCAGUUAUGAAAAUCAUCCACUGACUGGAGGAAUUCUUACAUUUCCAUUGAUGGCCUGAACCCCCGGCAACAAAGAAACACUCAGCUGUGGUAUAAAAAUCUGCUGCUUCUGAUAUCAAAUAGUAACUAAAGACUGUAAUUUUCAAAGAGAAUGUGAAAUGUGUGAAUUAGGUUACAUAGCUGAAGGGGGGAGAAACAGAAGGAGAGACUGCAACUCUGACAUUUUACAGACCUGAACAGAUGGAGUCACUGGAGACUGGAUAGAGAUAGGUCACUCAUUUUGCAUGAUUUUACAAAAGUUCACUUGUCUUCAAGGUAUUUUAUUAAAAAGUGGUGACAGAAUUCAGCUCGCAUCAGGUUCCUGCUUUGCACAGCAACAUCAAAGGGAGCCCUCCCCUCUGCAACUACAGCAAGCUAGCACACUCACCAAAAAUGUUCAAUCAAAAUUGUUUAUACUAAAGGACUAAUUCUGCAAAGCCUCUCCUGGCCAAAUUGAACGGUUGCCCGAGCAGCGAUUGUCCAGUCAGAGCUUAGCAACCAUAACGAGGCACAGCAGGCCUGUCAAGUUUUGAAUUUGUCCACAUGUUGAAGAGCUGUAGUAACAGAUACUCUUCUUUUUAUCACCUUGACAAAACCAAAAAACACAAGAGCACAAUAGAAAAGUGUAAGGAAUGGAUUCAAUUGUGUUUAUCUGCUGUAGCGUAAACUGCAAUCGUUAGCAUGCCCAGCUAACUAGCUUAACUUUCUACCUACAGAAGUAACCUAGUGUUAACCUAGCCGAGGGGCGUGUCAUUAGCUAACCACUUUUUUUUUUUACAGAUUGUGUUAGAAAGAUACCUGUUCAUGGCUGGAGCAUCCGCUCUGUGCCAUGCGAGAACAGAAAGCUUGACAGGCAUGGCAACGGGUGACUAAAGGGGGACGGGGCUCAGUGAACGGUCAACUGGACAUGAAACAGUGAGUCCGAUUUAACCAGAGCAAAGCAAGGUGAAACUGAUGUUCAUGUUAGCCAGCAGCAGCAAAGCGCUACAGUAUAAUUUAAAGGACUCAUUUCAAAAUAAGAUUUAAGCCACAUGAAAUCAUGUUGAUGAUUAAAACUACCAUUGUUGAAAGGAAAGUAUUGAUCACAUAAAGUCAAUGAAUCAGUCAAAGCAAUCAUCCAAUUUCAAGAUGCAAAAAUCAUCAAAAUAUUAAAGGUGCCCUGUGGAGUUUUCUUGUAAACAAAAGUUGUGUAUACAUUCAGUGUUUCUGACCCUUGAGGUCUAACAAACAUCUGCAAAACCGUUUUUUUUUUUUUUUUUUUUUUUUUUUGGGAAUAUUUUGAAACCUGCAUUGUUUACAUCCAUGUUUGCUUCGUCUUUGCUGCCUUUGCUGGCCGAUUGCUGCGUUUCUUGACGCAUCCACUGGCAGGAAUGAGUGUUGCCUCCUGCGCUUGCCCAUGCUCGUACACGUGAGUGCACAAAACAAACAAAACGUGGACCCACUCAUCGAAAAGGUGCUCUAUAGCGCUACUAGUGGUCAGAAACUCCACAGGGUACCUUUCACUAAUAGAUCGCAGGUAGCAGCAGUUGUUCACAGUACAGGUCUUCACGGGUCCACGAACCACGUGGUCAGAGCUGAUGGAGAGACACACAGACCUGAGUCCCUGAAUGAAAUCUGAACCUGGCCUGACUUGGGUUUCUGGUCAGGUCUCAGUUACAUGUAACUGAGUGAACCCAUGAAGACCUCAGUGAGCAUGUGGAAUUUCAAAGUGACACUUUAAAGUUGCAAAAUGGGUGACCUACAGUGCGCAUAUUAUGUACGGACAUCGUGGAUCAACACCAACGCACCAUUGGUCAUUAGCUUGAUUUUUUUCAGUUUGCUGUGAUGUUGUAUCUCAUGACGGGAACAAAGCUGGGUCUUUUUCUUUGUUUGACUUUCAAAAUGUAACUAAUAAAUAGAUGGAUGGAA